GUUCAAAAGCACCAGCCAGACCAGAGCAAUAAUAAAUAAAAAUACCUUCCCCCUCAAACGGUAUAGAAAGGAACACGGAGACCAGUCGCGCCACUUCGUCGCUGUUUUUGCUCCUGAAAGGCCACAUUAUUAGAAGUCGGGAAUACUUACUAGGAACCAGAAGAUGAUUGGAUGAUUUGCGAUGGAGAAGAUGAAAUUUGGUGUCUUUAAAAGGCCUUAGAGAAGAGAACAAGUGGAGGAGGCGAAGAAUCUCAAGUGGUUCUCGUUUUUUUUUGUGUGUGCAGCGUACAUAUUGGUGUUUAGUUUGGUAUUAUGAUAAAGUAGAAGAAUAUUGUACCACGUAAGUUGAAAGUGCUCUUGAAGGCGUUGUUUUUAGUCGAAGGAAUCUAAUCCGUGAAAAAGUGCCAGUCAGUCAGCAAAGCAAUAUUAUUGUUACACCUUCCGAAUCCGAGAAGAAUCGACGUUGGAGGCAAGCACAAGAGGCGGCGCCAUAUAGGCGAACGUGCGUGUGGGUGUCACUCUGCGAUCGCGUUUGUGUUUCUCGCAUUUGCUUAAGAUUGUAGUGGGUGGAAAUCCCUCAGUUCGCAGAACCACCGGAGAACCAGAUACAUAAAUUUAGAGAGAAUCUCAGUGUGUACAGUUUUAUUUUUCUACGAAACACAAAAAAAAAAAGUUGAGCCGGAUGCUAGUAUCGUAAAAGGACCCUGAUCAGAAGAAAAUGCGUGUGGUGGUAUCGAUCGAGUUUUGCCAGUAACUACCUUACAUAGUAUAGCUUGAAACUUAUCGCCGAGCAGACGCCGGAGUGCGGAAUAGUGCAAAGCUGGCGGUCGAACCGGAAAUAGCGACGGCGUCGCCGGAGGAGGCGACGGGGGUCGUUGCGGAGGAGUCGGUGGCGUUGCAGGCCAACGCAACAGCAACAGCGGCGACGAUGGAUGAAACAGAACCACUCAACUCGCCCGGGAUAAAUGCGGCCUCCUUCGCAGACAGCAUGUCCAACCUGAGCGACAUCUCGGCCAACACGGCCAUCCUCAACAACAAUGCCGCUGGCAAUGCUGCUGCAGGUGUCGGCAACAGUGCCACCGGUUCCCAGUCCGGGUCCGGAAACCGACCACGGAUGGACAUUGCCUGCGUCAUCGAUACGUGCUACGCCCAGCGGAAGAUGGCAUUUGAAGAAUUGAAACUGGCCUGCAUUCAGGCCUGUGCCAAUUUGCAGUUGCUAGAGUUUGAAAAGCUGGACUUUGGGGAACUGAAUACGGUGGACAGUUUCUACAGUGCGGAUGUGGCAGUUGUGGAUCUGAGUGUGCAAGCUCAGCAGAGUACGCUGAGCUAUCACCUGGGGGUGCGGGAGAGCUUCGAGAUGAAGGAGAAUAUUGUUAUCUAUAAUGAUGUGAAGAGUGAGGCUACGCUGAGGAUGAAGAGCUCGUGUGGGAAUUACACAUUUCUGCCUUAUCGGGCGGUAGAGGGCGUCGGGUGCGUAGUGACCAAUCCAGGAAUGGUUGGCUACCUGGAGGAGGUGGAUGUGAAAAUUGGGCUGCUCAGUAGACUGAGAAAGAUCUUCCAGGAUGUUGAGAUUCAAUCGAAAGCACAUCUGAGGGAAAAGUUUUUGGCAGAUCUGAGAAGUUUGAGGGACCAGUACGCGGGGAAUGUUGAAGAACUGCAGAAAAUGCUGAGGAACAUGCGAAAGAGGCUGGACGAUCCGCAUGUCCUGUCGAAGGAGAUCGUUCAAACCUACAUGCUGUCGUUGCGGGACGUCCAGGAUUAUGAUGCCAUGGUCCAGCUGGUUGAUGAUCUGCAGACGGUUCCGAACAAGCAGAACUAUAUCAAUACGGGAAACAUGAACUACCUGUAUGCCUUCGCGCUGAACAGAAGGAACAAAGAAGGUGAUCGCGACAAAGCAUUGACUUGUUGUACGAAAGCCUUGGAGAAAAAGGAGAACCACUUCCCCGAUAUGCUGUGCCUCUGUGGAAGGAUCUACAAAGAUAUAUUUGUAGAGUCGAAUCGAACCGACAUGGAGUCGUUGAAUAAUGCAAUCACCUGGUAUCGGAAGAGUUUCGAGAUCCAAUCGAACGAAUUUGCCGGUAUCAAUCUGGCAACUCUGCUGGUAAUCGAAGGGAAAGAUUUUUCCGACUCCGAACUACAGCACAUUGGGAUGAUGCUGAAUAAUCUAAUCGGUAAGAAAGGUUCCCUAUCGUCCAUCAAAGACUACUGGAACGUGGCGACGUUCUUCGAGAUCUCGGUACUGGCCGAAAACUACGCCAAAGCCAUCCAGGCAGCCGAAUGCAUGUUCCGGCUGAAGCCCCCCAAAUGGUAUCUCAAAUCGACCAUUGGAAACAUCACACUGAUCGACUGCUCUCGACGAAAGUCCGAAGAAUCACUAGCCUCGAUCGAGCAGCAGAUCUUUCAGUUCUGGAUGGAGUUUUUUAUGGAAGCUACUAAUGCCGAACCGUCCUCGACCGUUCGUUUCCCCAUAUUGAUUCAGGAAACCCAAAAAGUCCUAUUCCCCUCGUACGUCUCGAUUCACAUGGAUGCGGAGCAGAAAUCGAUCGACAUCAUCAACAUCUGCCAACAGCAUGAAAAGGACAAGUGCCGCAAGGUUCACAACUUCAACUUCCUUGCCUGCCAGAUCAAGUCGGUUAGCUUGUACAAGCGGGACGAGCGAUGUGCCUUCCUGUACGUGCAGCAGAACUCGGACGAUUUUCAGAUGUACUUCCCAUCGGUACAGUGUCGGCAGCAAUUCUACGAUCUCAUCCUGCAGAUGACCGCGGAUCAAGGUUCUGGUUUCAUUGAUCUAUCUACGGAAACCAUGAGCGAUGAGAUCAAGUACGAGUACGAGCUGGACGAUCAGUCGAGAAGGAUCGUACUGGGUCGUGGUUCGUACGGAACGGUCUACGCGGCGAGGGAUCUCAAUACACAGGUUAAGAUUGCGGUUAAGGAAGUGCCGGAAAAGUACAGUCACGAGGUGCAACCGCUGCACGAAGAAAUCAAGCUUCAUUCGCAGUUGCGUCAUCGGAAUAUUGUGCAGUACUGGGGAUCUAAAUCGGAGGAUAACUACUUUAAGAUCUUCAUGGAGCAAGUCCCGGGAGGAUCGCUCUCUGCAUUGCUAUCAUCUAAGUGGGGACCGCUAAAAGACAACGAGGCUACCAUUGCAUUCUACUCGAAGCAGAUCUUGGAGGGAUUGAAGUACCUUCACGAGCAGAAGAUCGUCCACAGGGAUAUCAAAGGGGAUAACGUACUGGUCAACACGUACAGUGGAGUGGUCAAGAUAUCCGACUUUGGAACUUCGAAACGCUUGGCCGGAAUCAACCCGGUGACGGAAACCUUCACCGGAACGCUGCAGUACAUGGCACCGGAGGUGAUAGAUCAAGGCGUUCGAGGCUACGGACCGGCGGCAGACAUUUGGUCCUUUGGGUGUACCGUCGUUGAGAUGGCUACCGGAAAGCCCCCGUUCGUGGAGCUUGGAUCUCCGCAGGCAGCCAUGUUCAAAGUGGGCUUCUACAAAAAACACACGGAUAUACCAGCGGAACUUUCGCCCAUUGCGAGGAACUUCAUCAAACGGUGCUUCGAGGUGGAUGUUGACAAGCGAGCCACGGCUGUCGAAUUGCUGGACGAUCCAUUCCUAUCAGAUAAACACAAGAAGAUGCGGGCCUCGAUCAGUAUCCCUCCAACAACGACACCCGUGGCCGAAUUUUCCCGUAGCGUUAGCAUGCCGGCAGAUCGUCAUGUUAGCAACACUCUUGCCUCUCAACAAAGCUCAAUUAGCUGCAAUACUCCAAGCAUCAAUUCGGAAACUGACUGCACACCACCGACAUUCACCAGAUCAGCCACGAUCCGGAAGAACAAACAUCUCGCCCAUCUGACGCCGAUCCAAAUGCCAAACCAUGUCAGUAGCAUUGGGAAUCUUGCCGAAACGCCGUCGUUGGAGAUUGAAUCGAUCGAACCACCACCGGCCGGAUUUCAGCUGAAUCGAAGGAGUUCAUCCGGAGGACUGCUAUCGCCUGAGGUGGACCUCCCGUCAACAUCCAGCAAGUCUCCGCUGCUCGCCGGCGAAGCCAACGAAAGUGACGGAUUUUACCUGCUCAAAAAAGACUCCCAACGCCGUGCCACGCUGCAUAGGGUGCUCGAACACGACGAGCGCAAGAUCUGCCAGGUGUGGAUGGAAAAAAUCGUCUCGGACCGAAAGGAGGCCGUCGUUAUUACUCAAUCCCACCUGGAGACGCUCAUUAAGGUACUGCGGACUUACAUCACCGAGCAGAAGAAGGAACACCUGGAAACAGCCAUCAGCGGGCUGAAGAAGAACCUUGACUUCGAUUCGACGGCGAUCGAUCAUCUACAUCUGGCGAUGUACUCGUUUCAGGACGCGGUCAAUGCAGUGCUGCGAUCGCACAACAUCAAGCCGCAUUGGAUGUUUGCGCUGGAUAAUUUAGUUAAGAGCUCCGUGCAGGCCGCGAUCAUGGUGCUGUCGCCUGAACUGGGUCGGAAUCUAGCCGGGCAUGGUCACAACGACGAGGAUGACGAUGAUGACGACGGAGACAAUGCCCAUCAUCGAGGUAGAGUGGCUAGAGAUGGAAUCGAUGACGACGACGACGAUGAUGACGGUGAAUUGUCCACGUCGGGAGUGGGGACCGUCAACUCGGUUACGGUGGCAAAACCUACGAAACUGAGUCGCACCAAGGUGGUUAACGAUCAAAUUACCGCUCUGCGAGCGGAGAACCUAAGACUGAUGGAAGAUCUGUACGAAUCUCACAAAAUGUAUCAUGGAGUUUUCAAGACAGCCCUCGAGGGACAAUCUACGAAUGCGGAUAUGGUCCGAGCGCUGGCGUCCCAGCUGGUGUCGGUGGCUAGUCGGCAGGAUCGCAGUUCGCUAGGAUAUGCUAGUGAUUUGGCAGAAAGUCCUGGCAUUACAGACGAAGUUGAUUCUGCUAACAACAACUUCUUGAAGCCAGAUGUGCCCGCCAGACACCAGCAGUCGGUACGACCUGGAUUGGACCGGAGAACACCGGUUAGGGUGGCCCCGUAUGAUGGGACUCAUGAUGCAAUGGCUACUGGCAGCCAACCGGAUUCCCGAUUGGAUGAGUGGCUGAUUCAGCACGAAUUCAGUGCCCACGUGCGAAACAUAAUUCACUUCGAGGAGUUUAGCUACGAAGACUUUAUCUACGCAAUGGAUCAGGAGGACCUACGGAGGAUAGGACUGAGAGUCGGUACCGAGGUACGCCUUUGGCGUGCAAUCCGAGCCCACCGUCAGCGCUUUCCGCAGUCGCCAAAUCUCUCUCCUCCGUCGCAUUCCUCCUCCUCGCUGGCAACGGUUCUCCACGCCAAUGGUGUCGUAGGUGAACCAUUGCUGAAACCGAUCUCCACCUCCAAUAGCUACGACUCAACCCAUUCAGCGUGUACGACCGCUUCGUCGGAGUACGAAUCGUGCAAUGGGAUUGAUUCGUCCUGAAGGAAGCGCACACACUCCAGUAGCGCUGGAAGUAACACUAGCAAUAGCAAGCGCAGCAAGCUUAACCAUGAGGCAAUCAACCAGUGAAGCAGAUAGAACAGAAUCACAAUACUACUUGUAAGAAAAGUGUUAGGCUAUAAGGUAAGAAAGUUAUUUCCCCUCAUUAUCUCAAUUUACACGGAACAAAAGUUCUCUCUUUCUCUUGAGUGGAGAAUAUUCAUCGUUAUAAACCUCCCGGACCUGUACGAAGUGACUUCUUCGUACAUAGGGCCCAUAGCAGUUAAGUCGUUUUUAAAACGUAGGUGUUAAGGAAAAGUGCGCAAAAUUGUCCAACCGUCGUGUAAACGUCGAUCAUUGUGUUAGAAACGUUUGGCGCUUUGUAAAAGUGCUGUUUCACGUUCUCUCUCUCUUUACCAUUUUGUUUUUCGCUGUUUAGGUCUGAGAUAAAAUAUGUUAUCUUAAAACAAAAAUUUUUGUUUUGCUGUUCCAAAUUGUUAGGAUAUUUCGUUGUUUUUCGUUUUCGUAUCAAAAUUGUUGAUAUUAUUAGUAGAGGAAGAUAACAUAGUGGGCAAACGUUUUGCAGCCAUGGUUAUUUGAGUGAUUGCCAUAUUUACAUUGAUAGUUGCCUAAGCCCAGUUAGGAUGCAAAGUAGCGUUUACCUACAAUAAAUUGUGUUCCCAAUUUAGAGAACAAUGUGUAAGCUUCGUUAAAC